AAGCGGUCGAUCGCGCAGACGAGGCUAUGGUACGCCCGACUAUAAGAGUCGCUCGAGACCGGAGAGGUUGAGCUCCCAGGAUCGGCGGUGUUUACUCCCGACUUGACUAAAUCGGGUGUUUUUGCUAUCGCGUGCGUUGUUACCACCACCACCACCACCACUACUACAAUGGCCGAGGAAACUCCCCUCGAACCGGUCCCUGCCUACGAGGAACCGGCUGAAAUCCAAGAACCCGCGCCGAUAGUCUCCCCAUCAUACUCGCAGCCUCCGCUGUUACAGCCAUUGGAACAGCAGCACAGACAGUCAUUUUACGCUGGCACACAACAUCCCAGCGGGUACAACAGUGCGACGCCAUUGCAUGCGCUGCAGAAGAAACCCGGGCCGGUGGAUUGUCCGGCUUGCGGACAUCGGCAGAUGACGAAAGUACAGGCGGAAUCGGGGAAAACAACACAUGGCUGGGCCGCGGUGCUUUGCUGCUGCUGCUGUCUCGGGUGCGUCCCGUAUCUCAUGUCGUCACUGAAGGACACGACCCAUCACUGUGGACAGUGUGGCGUGCUGCUCGCGACGUGGCAUAAGAGUGGGAGGAAUGAGGUGCAUCUGACUGGAAGUUCUUGAUUUCGGGUUGUGGGCUUGGUUGGGUUAUUUGUUUUGGUCAACAUGAUACCUUUGGUUUGUAUAUGAUAUCUCGCGUCAUGUCAUAACUAUUCGAUUUGAUGAUAUACAUAAUGAGAAAAUACUUUCAUACUUU